AUGGAGAGAAAACUCUCAUCGCCAAUGGCACCCACAUUCAUGGUGUCCGCACCAGGAAAAGCCAUUGUCUUCGGUGAACAUGCCGCAGUGUAUGGUAAACCCGCUAUUGCGGCAGCUAUUUCUCUCCGAUCGUAUCUCCUCGUCACUACUCUCUCCAAAUCUCGACGUACCGUCCAACUGAAUUUCAGGGACAUUGGCUUAAACCAUACGUGGGAAAUUGACGCUCUGCCAUGGAACGUCUUCCACCAACCUCCCAAAAGAAGGUCGUACUACUCUGUUGUCGAGUCUCUCGACUCGCAAUUUCUCGAAGCUAUUAUGCCACACGCAGAGGCCGUGUCAAAAGACCUCCCAGAGAAGCAGCGAAAAAUCCAUAUAAAAUCCGCAACCGCCUUCCUUUACCUCUUCCUCUCCCUCAGCUCCUCGGCAAGCCCUGGGUUCAUCUACACUCUUAGAUCUACUAUUCCAAUCGGGGCCGGUCUAGGCAGCAGCGCUAGUGUUUGUGUCUGCUUAAGCGCAGCGCUACUCCUCCAGAUACGCGCCCUUGCAGGACCCCACCCUGACCAGCCUCCCAAGGAAGCAGCGAUACAGAUCGAGCACAUCAAUCGCUGGGCAUUCGUGGGCGAGAUGUGUAUACACGGAGACCCUAGCGGGGUAGAUAAUACGGUCUCGGCGGGUGGAAAGGCCGUGAUGUUCCAAAGGAACGCCUCCGGACCACCAUCCGUCAUUCGUCUCACCAAGUUCCCGAAACUACGACUCCUUCUCGUCGACACGCAACAACAACGGUCCACCGGUGUGCAAGUAGAAAAGGUCAAAACACUCAGCACCAACCACCCUGAAAUAACAGAGAUAAUCCUAGACGGCAUUGGCAAAAUUGCUACUUCUGCACUGGAUCUGAUGUCUUUGGCUGAUGUUUCUGACUCUGACGCUCUCGGACACUGGGGGUCCUUGAUUGGGAUGAACCACGGGUUUUUGGUUUCGCUAGGAGUCUCGCAUCCCCGUCUAGAGCGUAUUCGUGAGCUUGUGGAUUAUGCGAAUAUUGGUUGGACGAAACUCACCGGUGCUGGAGGCGGUGGCUGUGCUAUCACGCUGUUCCGACCAGAUACCGAAGAUAAAACCAUUGAAGAACUGGAGCGGAAGUUCACUGCAGAAGGAUUUCAAACAUAUGAGACUAUCCUAGGUGCCGACGGAGUUGGGGUACUUUGGCCUGCGGUAUUCCGAAAUGGCACUGAUGGGGAGGCCGAAGAGAUUGAUCAGAAUACGUUCGAAAAUGCCGAUGGCGUUCACGGUAUCGACCAGCUGGUUGGAGUGGGAGUGCAAGAAAAUCGGGAAGGCUGGAAGUUUUGGACGCGAGAUGUUUCUCCAAGAUGA